UAGGGACAGUUCAUUUUAUGAAAUGAUUUCAUUCACAGGUCAAAAUUGUCAAAUUUGCCACCGCCGGCUGCGUGUAGAGCUAACAGCUGUGCAGUGUCAUAAAGCCAAGCUAGCAACCCACGCAUAUGAAACCCCACCCCUAAACCUUUCUCGGAGCAGCGGCCGGCGGCACCGCCCACCACCGGAGGCAGCGGCUUCACCGGAGCAGGUAUGUCCUGUUCCCCACCGCUACGAGGAGGCGGCGAGGUGGCGGCGGGAGCACACGCCCCUCGCAGGUACAUGGCACACCUAGCGAGGGGGUCGAGCGAGAGUACAGCACGAGGGGAUCGAGGAGAUGGGCGCGACCUUCACUCCCGUUCACGGGGUUGUUGAGCACGACGACCCUCGUCGGUGAGGUCGUCGCCGGUCGGCGAUGGUCGGGGUCGAGUAGCUAGAGAGUAUUGCGCUAGGACUAGGAGGGAGAAGGGAGGGGAUCCGCGGGUGCCGACGCCGGUGAUACACGCGCGCGCAGCAUUGCCUCCGGCGCAUGUCGAGGCCGGGAUCGAGGCGCCCCAGGUCGAGCCCGAGGUCGCGCCCCGCGCAAGAUGGCGUAGCGACGGCUCGCCGGCUGGUCCGGCCCGGCCAGGCCCUGCACGACGCCACGCGCUGGCCGCUGGAACGCCGUGGCGUCACGGGCGUCCCCGCGCGCACCAUCAAGCAGUGACCUUUGCACCUGCGCAUGUAGGAUUUGCAACCGGGAGCGCCCUUCGUCAGCGCGCCGGCCUGCUUGCGAGUGUGGAGCUACCGAGAACGAUGGUUGGCAGGAGAGGCCCGCGUUUGGAUGCAGUAGUCUAUCUGUAACUGUUCUCAUGUUACGUUCUCUUGCUCAAAUGCAGAUGGCUAGAGGCCUAGGUGUGCAGUUGGCUCCUCCAGCGCUGGCUGAGCUGGGGCGCGUCGGAGUGAUAAUCAAUUUGGGAUCCAUUCUGGCUGAUAUUGCCCCAUUUUUUGUGGUGAUCCUUUCAACCGAUUGGAAGCAAGUGGACAAAUUCUUCAGUAUUAAAUCCUCCGUGACUAGUGCUGUUAUGAAUUUCUUGGUGCUUUCUCAUGUUCUUUUUGUGAACAAAAAUGAAGAUCAACACCGUGAUGUUGUGUUUGUGAGUGUGGUUGGAUUGGUUACUGCUGCUGUUUAUUCUCUCAUGCUCCUGACCCACCGUGUGGUAAUGAAAAAGAGCCAUUUUGGCCGCGAGUUGAUGUGUCUUAUCUUACUUUUCUUUCUUGGCGGUUUACUGGUGGUAUUGGGUGGUAUCUUUGUUGACUAUCAAGGCACUGGGCUCAUCAUAAAUGGGUUAGGGAUUACUGUGGUUCUUGUCCUGAAUGCACUCACUGUGAUUCCUAUUCUGACUGGUAAGGGAUUCCCUGACGAUGAUACCCUGGCAUAUACAGUGUCUAUGUCCAUGCUGAACACCUUCGAUUCCAUGUUUUUUGUGAUGUAUGCCCAUUUUCUUGGAUUGUUUGGGUCAUUUCUAUCGGUGGGCAGUCUUCUGAAUGUUUUGAGUGGGGUGGUACUGUUUCUCCUGUUGACUGUGCCUGCACUGCGGAAGGGGCUACGGAAGGUCAAGAACUGGUGUCAGUCAUGCGCCGCAAGCUGCGGCGGCUUCUUUCGGCUCAUCCGUUUCAUUAUCAGCUUUGGUCGCCACGGCAGGAACGACUGAAUGGAUCGAGAGAGUUUCGAAGAACUGCUUUGCCGGCGAAAACCAAAACUGUCCCCUUGAAACAAAGUUUUGUAAUGAUAUGGCCACCUGACGAUCAGCUAUGUCGCCGGUGUGCACUGUUUGCAGUUUGUCCCGAAGUUUUGUAGUGAUCUGGCCACGUGACGAUUAGGAUAUGUCGCCAGUGUGCACUGUUUGCAGUUUCAUUCGUACCCUUUAUUUCUCACUUUGUAGGAGAUAUAUACUAGUAUAAGUUAACAGCGCAACGGCAGAACCAUAUAUGGGUCAUCCGAUUCAAUGUUAUAUGUGCUUGGGGAUU